AUGCUACAUGCCAAGAAUGUGCUUGGAAGGUUCUGGGCUGAAGCCAUAAGAACUGCAGCCCAUGUGAUCAACAAACUUCCUCAACCAAGGUUAGAAUUUGUUUCGCCCUUUGAGAAACUGUGGGAUAUGAAACCUACACGGUCCCCAGAAAAGGAGGUGUUACCAGACUCGAGAGAAAUUGAAGAUAAGCUACAACAGAAGUUGGGGAAGCAAAUUGUUCCAGUCCAACUGAGUUCAAAUGAGGAUGAAGAUUCGUUUGAUGGUAACGAUGACGAGCAAGAAGUUACUCAGAAUCUUUGGCAAACUGGUGUGCAUCAACAAACACUAGAAUUAGUUAGACCCAGUGAAGUGGAAAUACCGACUCCACAGUCAUAA